AUGCACUUCACCACCAUCGCCACCUUUGCCACCAUGGCUGCUGUCGCCGCCGCCGAGGCCCAGCCUUACCGUCUCGCCGUCAUGCCCGGCAUGAGCCUCAUGCGCCGCGUCACGUCUGGCUACAACCCCGAGACCACCAAGUGCGGCGCCGGCAACACCUGCGCCGAGGCCUGCGGUACUGGCUUCGCCGAGUGCCCCUCCAAGGACGGCGUCUCCCACUGCUACAACCCUGGUGCCAAGCAGAACUGCUGCCAGGACGGCUCUGGUAACUCUUGCGACGACGGCUACUACUGCACCCACGACCACAAGGCGCAGACCUGGUGCUGCCCCAACGACAUGGACCUCGCCGCUUGCGCCGCCGCCUACAGCGUCUCCGGUGGUCUCGAGUCUGCCACUCCCACCCCUACUCCUACUCCCACGCCUACGCCUACGCCCUCUCCUUCUCACACGGCCACUCCCUCUCCCGCCAAGAACAGCACCACUACGACCACGACCACGACUAAGAAGCCCGUCGUUGUCACCGAGACGCUUGACCUGACCACCACCAUCUGCGCUUCAGCCUCUGGCACUGGCCACCCCAUCUACCCCGGCCACAACACCACCGUCAGCGUCCCCGUUGUGCCCAUCCCUACCGGCUCCCACACCGGCCCUGCCGUCGUCCCCACUGGCACCAACGCCGCCGCCGCCACCAGCUUCAGCGCGCUGCUCCUCGUUGCCGCCGGUGCCAUUGCUCUCCUGUAA